AGCUUCCUGUCAACAUUGUAAAACCUCUGCAGGAUAAGACGGCCCUCGAGAAAAGCCGCGUGAUCCUCGAUUGCACCGUGUCCAACCCCAGAUGCAGCAUCCGCUGGUACAAAGGCAGCAACGUCAUCCUGCCCUCCGAACGCUUUGAGAUCUGCAGCGAGGGCUGCUAUCGCAAGCUGAUCAUCCAGCAGGUGGCGCUAGAUGACGACGGCACAUACAGCGUGCAGGUUGGAGAGUAUACAUGCUCUGCAAAGCUGACAGUGGAGGCCCAGUCUUUGCUGAUGGUCCGAGAGCUCAAAGACGUGGAGGUCGUGGCUCCCGACGAGGCCUGCUUUGAAUGUGAGGUCUCGGUCCCUGUCCUCAAGUCCCCCGUGUGGAGUCUGAACGGGGAGCCCUUGCAGCCGAGCUCUCGGGUUCGUCUGGAGAAGAUGGGGACGGUCCACAGGCUGACCCUCCGGCAGACCUCCACAGACAUGACCGGGGAGGUGGAGUUCACCUUUGGGAAAGCAAAGAGCAGAGCCCAGCUUCGGGUCAUGAGUGACCCUUGAGCGAAGCCCCUCAUCCGUCUUCGCCUGAUAACUACGCCGACUGAUUUCAACUUGUAACACUGACAUCGCUUAUAUAUUUACGCACAGUCUAUAAAAAAAACUGGCUUAAACAGGGUUGUGAUGGAUUUUCAUGCAGUUCUUUUGAUCGUCUAAUAGCUUUCUGUUCACAUAAAACGUGUCGUAGCGUGUGAGGAUGACUUGAUUUUGUUCCUUUGUCAUUACACAAAUAGCAGUUUCAGUGUAAAUAAAUAAUGCCCUGUGUGAAAGUGGUUUGACUGUUAACUAGGUUUAGAUGCUCCAGCUUAAUGUGUAUUUGUGCCAAUAAUAAAUAUCUGGUUGAAAUACUGUAAAGAUGAGUCUAUAGUUAGGUCCGUACAGUCCAUAUUAAGAGUUCUACCUACAGUAUAUGUUCACUGUAAUCCACAGGUCUAAUGCUCAGGCCCAAAACUGACAUAAAGCAAAACCAAAAUGACACAUCUGGUCUUGUUCCUACACUGAUUGUACCUUGUACAUACAUCCUGCCCUUAUAAAUUCGUUUUUAUGCUCAAGCUAUUCUUGGUAGAACUCCAGAACCAGAACUUACAGACUAUAUAUGCAUUUUUUUUAACACAAUAUACCUUGAUUUGCACUCAGUUUAGGCAUCCCAUAUAUCAGAGCAUGUUUUUUUUUUUUUGUGGCUGCUGUGACAGAGACUCUUUUGGUUUAGAAAACAGACGUAUUACUUCCAGUCGACUCCCCGAAAUCAGAUCAGACACCACACCGAAUGGAUCAUUUAGGCAACAGCUCGUUCAACUUCACAAAUCAAGUCUAUUUUCAUCAUUUGUUCAUUGUAUAGAAAUUGUUUUUGUAUGUUUUGAUGACGAGUUUGAAUGAGGAAAGUUCUGUCUUGCAGUUAAAAGGGGCUUGUAAUGUAAAUACAUUGGGCCAAAAACAAUGAGGUAAUUUAGGGAAAGAAAUAGGUUCACAAAUUACUUGAUCGCCUUGAUUGAUAAUCAAGGGCACGCUUUUGAUUUAUUGAAAUGCUUUGUUGAGUGCGGUUUGAUGAGUGGAGAAUGAUAGCUGUUUUCAUAUGAAAUCUGUUCCAUAUUCCAUUUUUCCAUUUGACCUGUUUCCAGCUCUGCCAUGUUGUGUUGAGCGUUAGGUACGAGAAGUCAAGUACUGUAGUGAAAUAUGACCUGUUUCAAUAAAACAUGCUUUAUUGAUGCACGGUA